AUGAGGUUCAAAGCGAGACUCGACAAGCAGCCCAUUGAGAAUCAAAUAUCGGUGACGAGGGCCGGCCUGUUCACCACUAGGUUUCGGCGAAUUUUCGGUGCAUUUGGCGAGAUCCCGGUGAGGGAGUUCCGUUCUUCGAUUGAAGAAGCCACUGACAGUGACCUUGCGGCAGAGGCAGGCAAAGAUGGUGAGCCAGGGCCACCCGAUUUUCUUGCAGAUAUGACCACCGACGGGCCGCGACCUCUGCACCUGCACCACCCGACGAUCCCUCUUCCACCAGCGACCUUCUGUUCAGCUGCCGUCGCUCGAGCCACCCCGACAGACCCCAGCCACGAGCCUUCUGGUCAGCCGCGAGCCUCAAUCGAGCCCCGUCGAGGAAGCCGCGAUCUGGAACCUUGCCGAUGA